AUGGAGUCCCCCUCAGCCCCUGCCUACAGAGGACUUGUCCCCAGGCAGGGGCUCCUGCUGGCAGCCUUACUCUUAACCUUCUGGAGCCUGCCCACCACUGCCCAGCUCAUUAUUGAAUCAGUGCCGCCCAAUGCUGCCGAAGGGAAGGAUGUGCUUCUCUGUGUCCACAACCUGCCUGGGGAUCUAUUCGGCUAUACCUGGUACAAAGGGGAAAUAGUGGACUACAGCCGUCGAAUCAUAUCAUAUGUAGUAGACACUCAAACAGCUACCCUCGGGCCUGCAAGCAGUGGUAGAGAGACAAUAUACCCCAAUGGAUCCCUGCUGUUCCAGAACGUCACCCUGAAGGACACAGGAUACUACACCCUACAAGCCACAGUGAAAGAUUUACAGAGCAAACAAGUAACUGGACAGCUCCGUGUAUACCCGGAGUUACCCAAACCCAGCAUCACAAGCAACAAUUCCCUCCCCGAGGAGCACAAGGACCCUGUUGUGUUAACGUGUGAACCUCAGAUUCAGGACACCACCUACCUGUGGUUGAUCAACAGUCAGAGUCUCACGAACAGUGCCAGGCUACAGCUGUCCAAGGACAACAGGACUCUCACUUUACUCCCUGUCACAAGGAAUGACACAGGACCCUAUGAGUGUGAAACCCGGAACCCCGUGAGUGCCGGCCGCAGUGACCCAUUCACCCUGAAUGUUGUCUAUGGCCCGGACGCCCCCACCAUUUCCCCCUUCGACGCCCAUUACCUACGUGGGACAAACCUCAACCUCUCCUGCCAGGCAGCCUCUCACCCGCCUGCACAGUAUUCUUGGCUUAUCAAUGAGAGGCCCCAGCAACCCACACAGGAGCUCUUUAUCCCCAACAUCACUUCAAAUUAUAGUGGAUCCUAUACCUGCCUCGCCCAUAACCCUGUCACUGGCCUCAAUAGGACCACGAUCAUGACUAUCACAGUCUAUGAGCGCGUGGGGAAGCCCUCCAUCUGAGCCAGCAAUGCCACAGUCACAGAGCAUAAGGACGCCGUGGUCCUGACCUGCCUCACAAAUGACAGGGGGAUCUCCAUCCGGUGGCUCUUCAAAAACCAGAGUCUCCUGAUCACCGACAGGAUGAAGCUGUCCCAGGACAACAGCACCCUCACCAUAGACCCCCUCAGGAGAAAGGACGCUGGGGGUUAUCAAUGUGAGGUCUUUAACCCCGUCAGUUCCAGCAAAAGUGACCUCUUCAGGCUGGAUGUGCAAUAUGAGUGACCCUCAACCUCUCCCACUUGCCUUUGUAUAUUUCAUGGGAAAGGGGGUGAGAUGGA